UGUCCCGGGACUCGGGGCCAAGACGGUGGCAACUUCGGAGGAGCGGCUCUGUGGGUGGUUCGCGUGUGGAACUUCGCACUCCGUGGCCGCAGUUACUGUCGAGCGGGAAACCCGCUGCUUACCCCCCCCUAAAAUGUUCUUAAAAUGCAGUUUAACGCAGAGUUUUGGGGGAGAGGACGGGGCGGAUUACAGGUUAAAGAAGCACUUAGCAUGCAGUGAAGAGACUUGUUCUAUAGUGUUGCUAAGGACUCGGAGAUCGCGCUGGUGUCUAGAAGCAGUUUUCUCUGGGAACCCAAACUGCACCCCUCCUCUUUGUUUUUCAGCACUAAUCGUUAUUUUCUUUGGAAACUUCCUUUGACUCUUUACCUCCUUCGCCUCCCGCGAGGAGCCUGCUAACCAACACCUGUAGCCUUCUGUUUUUAACUAUUACUGCCAUUGACAACAUUGUGAAUGGUCAUCUCGCUUGACCUUCUUGGAUUUGUUGUUACUGUGUUAAGCUGAUGUGUUUUAGAUAAUCUGCUUGAAUUUGAGUUCCCAUACUUACCUGUUUUCCAGGUGGAUUGUCUCAUUGUUAGCGCUGAAUCUUCUUACCUACUUGUAUCUGGGAAUUUAACUUUGAAGAGGAAGAGAGUGAAUGUGAAUAACUGAAAAAAUAAAAUGGCAUGCCCAAAGAACAGUACGAGCCCCCUGACCCUCGGAGGAUGUAUACAAUUAUGUCUUCUGAGGAAGCAGCAAAUGGAAAGAAAUCCCAUUGGGCAGAGCUUGAAAUAAGUGGAAAAGUAAGAAGCUUAAGUGCAUCUUUGUGGUCACUGACUCACCUGACAGCUUUGCAUUUGAGUGACAAUUCCCUGUCCCGAAUUCCUUCAGACAUUGCCAAGCUUCACAAUCUGGUGUAUUUGGACCUGUCAUCUAAUAAAAUUCGUAGCUUACCCGCAGAACUCGGAAACAUGGUAUCACUCAGGGAGCUCCAUUUAAAUAACAACCUGUUACGAGUUCUACCUUUUGAGCUGGGAAAACUGUUUCAGUUGCAGACUUUAGGCCUGAAAGGAAAUCCCCUUACCCAGGAUAUAUUGAACCUUUAUCAGGAACCAGAUGGAACAAGACGGCUGCUGAACUAUUUGCUUGAUAAUUUGUCAGGUACUGCAAAAAGAAUUACAACAGAACAACCACCUCCAAGGUCUUGGAUUAUGUUACAAGAACCAGAUAGAACAAGGCCAACUGCCUUGUUUUCUGUCAUGUGCUAUAAUGUUCUUUGUGAUAAAUAUGCGACCCGGCAGUUAUACGGCUACUGUCCAUCAUGGGCACUAAACUGGGACUACAGGAAAAAGGCCAUUAUUCAAGAAAUCUUGAGCUGCAAUGCUGAUAUCGUAAGUCUUCAGGAGGUUGAAACGGAACAGUAUUACAGUUUUUUUCUGGUAGAACUGAAAGAACGUGGCUAUAAUGGAUUCUUCAGUCCUAAGUCUAGAGCUAGGACAAUGUCAGAACAAGAAAGGAAACAUGUUGAUGGCUGUGCAAUAUUCUUCAAGACAGAAAAAUUUACUUUGGUUCAGAAACACACUGUUGAAUUUAAUCAGCUAGCCAUGGCAAAUUCUGAGGGGUCUGAAGCUAUGCUGAACAGAGUCAUGACAAAAGAUAACAUUGGGGUUGCAGUACUGCUAGAACUUCGGAAGGAAUCGAUUGAAAUGCCGUCUGGAAAGCCACAUCUUGGAACAGAAAAACAGCUCAUUCUCGUGGCCAAUGCGCACAUGCAUUGGGACCCUGAGUACUCUGAUGUGAAGUUGGUGCAGACUAUGAUGUUCCUCUCAGAAGUGAAGAACAUUAUUGAUAAAGCCUCUCGCAACCUCAAAUCCAGUGUUUUGGGAGAAUUUGGAACUAUACCACUUGUGUUAUGUGCAGAUCUUAAUUCUUUGCCAGACUCUGGUGUUGUAGAAUAUUUGAGCACGGGUGGAGUAGAAACAAAUCACAAAGACUUUAAGGAGUUGAGGUAUAAUGAAAGUCUUACCAACUUCAGCUGUCACGGGAAGAAUGGAACCACCAAUGGAAGGAUCACUCAUGGUUUCAAGUUAAAGAGUGCCUAUGAGAGUGGCCUGAUGCCUUACACAAAUUACACGUUUGAUUUCAAGGGUAUAAUCGACUACAUUUUCUAUUCUAAACCUCAGCUGAACACCUUAGGCAUCCUGGGCCCUCUGGACCACCACUGGCUGGUUGAGAAUAACAUCAGUGGCUGCCCGCACCCCCUCAUUCCCUCUGACCACUUCUCACUUUUUGCACAACUGGAGCUCUUACUGCCUUUCCUGCCCCAAGUCAACGGCAUCCACCUUCCUGGCAGGAGGUAGUCAAGCACCUUCAGAGGACAGCCUUGAUUCACUUGUAAACUUGUGAAAAUCUGAACAUAGGGGAGUGAGGUAUGGCCACUGAGGAUUUUUGUUUGCUUAAGAAUGAUUUGGGUUUUCAAUCUGAUUAUUUGAUAAGGAUAUAGUAUGAAAGCCAGGUGCUAACAACAGACAAAUUCUGAGCCCAAUAUGCUUUAUACUGCUAGACAGGGAUUGGUGUGUUUGCACCUAUCUUUAAUUUGUUAUAAGAAAUUUUCCUAUUUCUUCUAUCCAAUAUAAUAUUUUCAUGCCUUGAAAUAGGAAAAUGUUUGAACAGCAUAUUCUCUUUGCACAGAAAUCUGUAGCACUACUUUUUUGAGGCCAGUAGUAACAUCCAGAGACCAUUCUUCCAUACUUUACUCCCUCCUUUUUCAGACUUGUUUGUAAAAUAUAGAAUCUGAAUUUAGCCUUUAUGAUUGUAUAUGAUCCACAGAAGACCUGAUUUAUGAAAUUUUGUACUAAAAAAAAAAUCAUUUGGAAAUGAUUGUAUUGUAAACUAAGGCUAAAUUUUUUUUAAAGAAAAAGAACCUGUUUCAUGUGUUACAAAGGCCAGCUUGUAAAAGAAGCUGCAACAGACUUUCUCUGCUUGUGGUUUGCACUCUUAGGGUUUUGUUAGCCCUUUUGUACUACUUUAUUUUUAAAUUGACAACAUGGUUCUUUACAUACAAAUCUGCUUAAACCUUAGGAUGUUUUCAGACCAGAGGCAACUUAUUCAUGAAUUUUUAUGAAAACUAUCUACCAGAACAGAUAAGCUGAACAGUGAUGAUCUGUAGACAUUUAUGGACUGAAUGUAAUGGUUGAUAUAUGUACAUUCUGAUAUUUUUAAAUCUAACUUUUUUAAGUUAAAAAACUACAGCUGCUUAGGUACAGCUUCUUAACUCUUUUUUGAGACACUUCCUGUCCAAUCUCCACUGUGCCUGCCUAAAUUUGUUCUCACCAAGCACUGCCUGUGCAUGCAGAGAAAAUCUGUGCAUCCUCUUUUAUAUUUUUAAAAUACUGUUUAACAUUUGUGAGAAUUUUAUGAAAAUGCUUUUGUAUGAGCUGUGGCUUUUUCCCAUUGUGAAGCAUUGAAUAUCACAUUUUGGAACAUGUUAUAGGGUGAGUCCCUGGAUCUUUGCUCACCAGAUCCAAGCACUGCUUCUCGGUGUCAUUGCAGUGUGCUGCUUGUCACCCGGAAUACUACUAUCAUGUGAAUUCUUUUUGUUGUCCGUGUAUUCCUUAGUCUUUUUGUUAUUUUUUUUUUAAUCCUUUUUUAAGAAGAAGUAAUUUUCCAUUUAUAAAGCAGUAUGAAUUAGAUGUAUUUUCAAAACAGGUCCCUAAGACAAUUCUUCAGAUCAUUUUUUAAAUGACUAAGUCAUUUUAGUGUGUCAACCAAGAUAAAAGUUACAUCACACGCUCUAUUUUGCCUGUAGUGCCAUUAGUAGAAUAGAGAUGAAAACCAGCUUUAACUUUGCAAAGUGAACGUGUACAUGAUCUGUUCUCAUUUAUUAAUUCUUCUCUCAAAAGUCAAAUGAAUUCCGAGGGAGUUUGGUCAAACUGCUUUUGUUUCAACUGCAGGCAGGGGAGCAAAAGGACGCCAUGUGAGCAUUAGGAAAAAAAAAUAUUGACUGUUACUAACAAUUUUUAUAUAGAGAAUGAGUUGUUUGGGAAAUGAUUGAUUUUUUUUUUUUUUUCCUUUUAGAAAAUUCUCCAAAAGGUUUUGAUGUUGAAUCUUUGUCUUGGACCUGUUUUUUUCCUUUGAGGGUUUUUCGUUUUUUGUUUUUUCUAGGAUUUCAUUGUGAUGUUUUGGUUUUGUUUUUUGCUUUUUGUUUAAGUUGUGCUGACACCAAACACAUCCAGUUUAUAAUCAGAACAUUGGAAAGCUCGUAUUGAUGUAGAACCAGUGCAUAACUUUGUAUGGGGUUUUGUUAUUGGUUUUUUUGUAGAGUGUGAAUAAAAGGUAUGUUUACUCAUUUUUCCUGAACACUGUGUUGGUAAUGUGCAUCAUGACAAUUUCCAGUGAAGGUGAGCUGGAGCUGGUUGGACUAAUGAGGCUGAGGAAGCAGCUUUUCCUACGAUCUGCAUUAUGUAAUCACAGGUCCAGAGAGCUUUACGGAAGCGGGAGAGGAGGAGCACUUACUUACUCAUUUUGUGUUUGUUAACGGAGGACGUCAUCUUUUCAUAGAUGCUGGAACUAGAGUGCCCUUGUUAGAUGCUAAAGGUUUGAGCUUUACACAAAAUGUAUUCAUCUGUAUUUGUUACUGUCUACAAUAUAUUUGAAUUUGGGGCAGCAUAUUAAGAUAUAAUGGCCUGUUAUGUCUUGAAAAUACUUGUUUUGCCUCUUCCAGGCAUACUGCAUUCUGUGGAUCAGUUUGAACAGCUUCUCCACCUUAUUUGGACAGUGAUAAAUUGAACCAAGAGUGUAGAUUUACAACUGUAACCUUCAAAAGAGGAAGAAAUAUUCGGGGUCUGUAGGGAAUAAACAGUCACACCAAAAUAGACAAUGAUGCUUUUGUUAAGAAAGGUUUCAUGUUUUAGGCAUUUUCUGUGUCCUAAAUAAUUUUCAAUAAUCUAUAAUCCCUAAAAUGCAAUAAAAACUAGUAUGUUUUCAUGGUGUAGAUUUUUUUUCAAAAAUUCUGUAACAAAUAUAUUUAAUGUGUUGCCAUAAUGUAAUUUCAGUGUUUUUGCUGGAUAAAUCCAUUUUAGAAAUGUUUUACAAAAAAUUUAGGACAUGUUUUCUGUUUUAAAGAUCAGAAGUUUGGAGGCACUCAAGUCCUUGUUGCAAAUCUCUUGAAGUACAGCUUCACCAUAUUAAUGGUAAUUAUUUAUACUUUGAGAAUUUAAAAUAAUUUAUGGCAUAAUUUAAGCUAAAGUUGUAGAAAUGAAUUGUUGAGUGCAACUUUAAUAGUCCCAAAGAUAGGCAGAGAACAUCUCCAAAAAUGUGGGGGUUUUUUUUGUGUGUGUGUGUUUUUAAUAUGAUUUAGUGACAACCAGGAAAACUUACUUGGGGUUAUUAGCACUUUCAAACUUAGGGACAUUAUUAAAUUGGAUGGAAUGCACUUCUAAAUGUUUAAAUUAAAAUUUCAAAGCUCUUUUGAGAUUCAGGUUCUCAAUAAUAACAUUCAAGUUUUAGAGUUUCACUUUGUACUAUUUAAAUUUAAGGAACUAGUUUCCAUACUGACUUCUAAGGUUUUGGGGUCAUGUAUAAGGACUAAAACCAAGCUAGGCAAAACAAUUACAGCAUUGUUUUUUUAAUAAAGCUAUCAGAAUAUCUAGUACAAAUGUUGCAGAUAAUUCCAAGAACUCCUUUAGCAGAUGUUCUUCACCAUUCAUAAACAGUAUUUUAAGAUGUUCACUUUGCUCUUCUUUUUGGUUACAUAAAUUUUAGUAACUGGUAUGUUGAAGUAGUGUGUAAAAUAAAGUAUCUAGUCUUUAUUCACAGUACAUUAUAUUGUGUAAUGCACUGGACUAACUCUUGUUUACCAUUCAUGUAACAAAACCCAGCACAUUAUCUGCACUAUAAGCUCAAAGAAUGUCCCAUUCGCCCAGGCAGCUCUUUGAUGAGGGUGGUGGGAAACUGAAUAUACCAUAUGGACUGGCGGUAACAAGGGCUUGUACUGUUCUUUUCAGUGGAACCUUCUUGGUCAAAUUGUAACUAGCUAGUAUUAUAUUUAUAUACAGGGUCUUUUUUCUUUACCGAUGUAUUUUCCUACUCAUAGCCAACCAAUAAAUUCAAUAUCUGUUUCAAAUAUUUUAGAAGUGUAAUUUGUAUAGCUGUAGUACUGAGGUUUGAGGAAAAAUAGAGGUUAAUCAGCAGACCACGUAUUUAAAAUUCUGAAUCAUCUGGGACAGGGUUGUAACUCACCCUUCCAAAGGGAAGAAUGCAGGGGGACAGGGCCAUGAUAUGGGGAAAUGGUGUAAACUAAUGUAUUUCUUUAUUGGCUGUUAUUCUGUAUAACACUUAUAUCUUUGCCAAAGUUCAAUUUUAUAUUUAGGCAACUGAUGGUCCUUUUGCAUUUAGGAUUUUCGUUGUUGUUACCUUAUACCUCAUGAUAUAAGAAAUGGGCUCAUGUGUCUUCCGUCUUUUGGAAGGAGGUUGACAUAUUUUAAAUAAAUGCUUUUAAAUACAGUAGCAAA